AUGAAAGAGAUACUGAAGAAUUGGUUGUUUAAUGACGGAAUAUGCGUGGACAUUGACAAUCUGGGACAAUUAAUGAGGGAUGGACGUCUUUUGUUAAGAAUUUUAACAGAUUACAAAGUUGUUAAUCCGCAUUUUACAGUAGAUUUCAAACCAGGCGACAAAAAAUUCGACUGUGUUUACAAUUUGCGACAAGUUCGUGUCUGGCUUGAGGUGUUGGGUGUAAAUUUCGACGAAGAUGUGAUCGAAAAAAUUGCUGAUGGUUGUUUUUCUACUUGUGUUGCCAUACUCACUAAUUUGUACUCGUUGCUGGUGAUUGAUGGCGGGCUGCCCGUUGUUGAUUGUGAGGAAAAACAGGCUAAACUGUCAAAAAUUGUUAAGAAUUCUAGAUUUUUGGUGACAAAAGUUGAUGAGAGAGCUUUGGGUGAUAGAAUUCGCGGUAGAGGGGGAUACGAUUACAAUAGAAGGUUGUUGGAGAAUGCCGACACUAUUGAGUGGUAUAAUAAUAAACAUCCUAUUGAGAGGAAACGCUCACCAGAUGUUAAUAUGACUGAUGUUGAGAGGAGACAAGGAAUUGAUAAUAACGAUAAAUUGAAAAAUAGGAAAUCUCUUCGAAGUUUGAAGACAAAGUUGCCUAGUGUUGAUGCUGUCACAAAAUGUAUUGAAGAAUUCAGCAAUCUUCGGUUGGAGCAGUCUCUAUCUGUCGAUUCUUUAAAACUUGAAAACGAGAAUCAAUGUAAUAAAAUCGAGGAGAAAGAGAAGGUAACUAAAAAGCAUAUGAAUAAAAUUGGGAGAAAGGUUUGUAAUAUUGAUAAGAAACUCCCUCCAACAAAUACUGAGAGUGUAGAUGAAUGUAUACAAGAAUUCACUACUCUUCAAUUCUCGAAAUGCAGCCCCGUUUUUGAACCACCACUUGAAGACUCAUUUUUUGAUUACCGCGAUAAAUCCAAUUUUCCUCACCCACCGUUGGAGUAUAUUGCAAACAUUGUUUUCGCCCAAAAAAAGUCAGUCAAAGAUGUAAAACAGCUGGAAGAGUAUGAAAGAGUUGUGGAGGCAGAUUUUUGGGGGCGGCUGAGACAAGAGGAUGUCGACUUUUUUGACGAUCAUUUGUCGGGGAUGAUUUUUAAGUUGUCCCGGUAUGAGAAGAUGUUGUUCACGAAAGUUUAUCAAAUUUUGCAUCAAGAUCAGGUGCAGAGAACGCGGCUGAAGUGCUACCCGCGGAAAAUCGAUUUUGGGUCGGAUGAGCUGAGGGAGGAUAAGUGUUCCAGAUAUUUUACGGAAGGAUUGGGCUACUAUCAGAGUGAGAAAAAGCGUACCAACGAGUUACACUGGAGACUCUACGCUGAUAACCUAAAAUUUUGGUAUGAAAAACUGUACACAGCAUCUUUGAAAACUGUCGAGUGUAUUGUGGAUAUAGCUGUGAAGAAAUCUGAGUACCAACGACAGUAUAAAAGUGGAGUGAAGGAUUGUCUGAUGAGAGAGUGGAAGAGUUUGUUUUGUCAAAACCAACCGAUUUUCAAAGCAAAUGAAUUGGAUACAUUUGAUGUUAUGCAGGAACAAUCGGAUGUUGUUGAUGAGGUCGAGGAGCAGACAGAAUGGGUUCGUCAGGAUGUGAUCAGCAAUCAGAACAUGGACGACUAUCUGUUUCUGGAAGGCAAUUGGUCGUUGAAAAACGAGGAUGGCACUCGUUUGGAUUUGGCACCAGUUACGCGCGAAGACCAGCAGACACUCAGCUACAUUGUGUACAAGCUGUUGGAUGUGAAAUACCCCUACAUACAAAAGAUCGAACCUGCCGACCUACCUCUGUAUCCUGUGCGAGCGAUUGUAGUAGAUUUCGAUGAGUCAUUGCUGGAGAAACUCAGAUCACUGUUACACGAGCAAGGUGUUUUGUUGGUGGAUAUCAACUCGGCCAUCAAUUUCUGUGUGGAGGCGUUCGUCGACAGUGAAGAAGAGUUGAUGCAUCGGUUCACCCCGGAUCGGCAAUCAGUUGAUUUGCGAGUGGCGUCCGAAAAAACUGUUACGAUCCUAGAAAACACAACCUGUGAUGGUUUAGAUAAUGAUGUUUGUAAGCGAGUAAUAAUUAGAGAAAGCAGUGGCGUACAGACUUCGUUGUCGCACCUAGAUUUGCGGGAGUUCAAGGAGGACACCAAUGAAGCUGCGUUUGUCGGCAAAAAACUGUUGGAAAAUAUGAAGACAAGCAGUGAUAUCAAAGUGGCACUGAUCGUGGAUGCGAUUGUCGCCUAUGUGCAGAGUAAAAAGAGGGAAACAAUUAAGGGGUGGGUGAUUGUUAACUUCCCCUCGACCCUGCUCCACGCCAGUGUGUUGGAGUAUACCCUGUCGGCCAACCGGUUCCCCUACCGUUUGAAAGAGACCAUCUCGGAUACAAGCUUCGGCAGUAGUGUGUCCACCAAAGAGAGCAGUGUCACAUCUCGCUACGACGAGCUUAAGUACUCUAAACUACUCCUCAACCCCCAGAACAAUACCUACGGCAAUAGUUUGUUCACAACCUACUUCACCAGCUUUGUGCCGAUGAAGAAGUUGAGAUCGUUCCAAGGUGGGAAGAUGGCCCAGCACGCAAAACAGUCGUUCAAACCGUCCAGCCUUCGUCAAUCGGACCACAUCAACUUCGAUGUGUUACUGCAGCAACCGUCGAACUUUGGAGCACCCACUUUGGAGACAUUCUACCGCAACGAGAACAUACGCAACGAGUUUUUCUACAACUAUCUAGAUUUGGAUACACUGAACUCGUUGGUACAACUGUUGGUGACUGGGAUGUCGUCUGUCGAUGAGACUGUCCUGUCAAUCAUCGAUGGAUCUGAUAAACAAGAUAAACAAAGUGAAGAUGAUAGUAAGAGUAGUAGGUUGGCCGUGAAAAUGUCGAAUACUUCACAGGUGUACUGCGACAGUAUGACUGCGUUGAAUAGUAUGAACGAUUCGUUUCUGUUUGACUCGAACCGUCCCAGUUCGGAUUUGACGCCACAGUAUGUUGAUCUGCUCCUACAAGCGGGUCACGCCGUUUCUCUAGCCGAGCUGUGGGAGAUGAUGACUAACACCUAUCUGAACACUCUUCACGACUCUCUGUAUCUGAUGAGAGUUCACGAGAGAACUGUGGCGCCUUAUUUUCUCAUGGUUAGACAGGCUAUGGAGUCCUGCUUCACCAAACCUGACAAUCGUCAAGAGUUGGUUACAAAGUUGUUGAACGAUUACAACAGUAUUAAUCUGGCAUUACUUCUAGAGGACGAUGUGAUACUGGAAGCCCACCGUCGCACUUCUGUUCUGGAGAGGACACUCACCGAGUUGAGUGAUGAUAAAAGGAGGAAUGCUCUUGAGGUUAGGGAGAAACUGAUUGCACAGGAAUGGGACAGGCAUCACUUGUCAGCAAUGAGUGAAGGGUUUUUGGUUGUAUUGCAAGCUGAGGCCACCCGGUUUACCAGGACCCUGGAACUCCUUCAGGACUAUUACUUGUUAGGGUUGAAUGUUCCUCUCAAACUAACCAACGCUGUACAUCCUAUCAAUGUGGAUAACAAGGAUGGCUCCACUGAAAAACUAUUCCUCGAUGGUAAGGUGACUUUCAAAUCAAUUAUUGAAGAGAAGGUGAAAUAUGUGCUGGUGAACAUGUUCAGAGCGAGAGAGGCAUGUGAAGCGGUGAUGAUAGCUACCGAGAGUCAGCUGCUUGCUGAAGAAAGGAAAAGGUUGGAUAAUGCAGUGAAGGAGGUGAGAGCUAUGAGUGCAAAAGAUAAGAGAAAGUCCAAGACGAAGAAACUUGAUGAAGAUAAGAUGAUCUCGGAUAAAACGUUGGAGCUGCAGAUGGAGUCCGAGAAAAACUGUCAGAGUAUUAAAAAAGUAUUCCAUGAAUGGUUGGAUGCAUUGCGUGUAGAAACAAAGCGAGCUCAUUUCAGGGUAGAGUUGUUGAAGGUGAAAGCUGUCAAUUAUAUUUUGGAGUUUGAAAAACAGUUUCGGGAAAUUUUCAGUGAGUUUUUGGAGGAAUCUGAGAGGAUUCAUUGUGAGGAGGCAGAGUGUGUGCGCAAAAUUCGCAAACUGUUUGGAACGGCAAUCGAGGAGAAAACUCAUAUUCUAGCGGAAGUUUAUUAUAAUCACACAGAUUUCUAUGUUAGGAUACUCACACCUGAGGUGGAACCAGAUCCGGAACCUUUACCUCCAAUUCUAGAAGUGGAUUAUGAGAGUACAGAGUUAUCUCUGGCGCAGCUGGAGGUACUCUAUUUGAGGUUUUCAAUGUUGGCCCCGGACGGCCUCAUCCCCAAACAGAUCCUAAUAGAGUUCUUCAAAGACGUGAGUCGCACCGCGUAUCGGGGAACAUGGUUCUGGGACCGUUUAACAACGGCUAAACUGAACAAAAUGUUCAACACGCUGUUCGGCGAGUCGGAAAUGUGUGACUGGCGCGAUUUGAUAGUGAUAUCGCUUGAAAUGGAUUUUCCCACCGCCGAGGAUAUCCUUGAUGCCAAACUACAGUUCGCUGCUCUCGAUAAAAACAAUCUGGAAGUUGUCAGCUUGGACAGUUUCAUGGAAACCACAUUAUGGUUCGAGAGAGAACUCCCCAAAAGUCCCAAACACAAUUUGUUCUUAAUCUUGGUGAAACGGUUCCUGGCUAAGUUGUUCCAAAACGGAGACGAGCAAGUCAACUAUUCGGCUCUGUUGUUGGCGUUUUGUAAAGAUUUGGAUCCGAUCGUGGGUUUCGGUAAGGCUUUGACAUACAUUUUGGGACGGUGUGUGAUUGUGUACAAACAGGACGAGUAUCUGGAACAGAUGUACACCGAUCAUAUCGACACUGGGCGUAAGAUAACCGAAAUGAUCGUUGAUGAAAUGGUUAGUGAUGUUGUUGAAGCUGUUGAGAUUGAAAGAGAAUUUGGAAACGAUUUAUCUCUACGCUUCAAAGAUGAAGACGAUGAAGAAAACAGAGACAAAUCAAACAACAACUCUGACGAGUAUGUUCUAUUCGAAACAAUAUAUCUACCAUUUUUUAGACGACUGAAAUACUGUGAUUGGACUACUCUAGUGCCUCUAGAAAUAAUGACAUCCUACAUAAAAACCCUAUAUUCCACGUCUGAAUUCCCUGAAUGGAUGCUGUUUGACUUCGAUAAGGAAAUUGAGCCGUUUUUGAGAGUAGUGGAAUCGACUGAAUUUGUUUAUGUGCCAGAUUUUGUGACCUAUCUCUUUUCCAAAGACGAUUUUCCCUGCAGUUGUUUUACUGUUUUCAGAAUCUCGGAGUUGAUUGUACGGUUUGUGAUUGAUGAUAAAAUUUAUUGA